AUGGAUCGCUUCACGGGGCCGCAGCGCGCUUACUGUGUGAAACAAUUUUAUUUAAACAAUAGUUCGCUCAUUACAGUGAGACGCUUAUUUCGCGUUCAAUAUGAUUUACACGACUUAAGUCAGUGUCCGAGUUCUCCUCUAAUAAAGAAAUGGGUGAAGAAGUUCGAAGAGACGGGAUCUACACUAAAUGUGAAGCAAACCGGCGGCCCACGGACUUCUCGGAGCGAAGAGAACGUGCAGCAAGUUUCUGCUUCUGUUCAACGUGAUCCAGAUUUAUCGACGCGCAAACGUUCGGCUGAAUUAGGAUUAUCCCGCACAUCAUUACGCCGUAUUUUGAAAUUAGAUUUGAAAUUACAUCCAUAUAAGAUCCAGAUAGUGCAAGAACUAAAACCUAACGAUUUACAUUUGCGCAAGUCGUAUGCCGAAACAAUGUUAGAUCGAUUCAGUAAUUUUGAUAACCUCUUAUUUUCUGACGAAGCCCAUUUCCACCUCAAUGGACACGUGAACAAACAGAAUUGCAGAUAUUGGAGCAGCGAAAAUCCUAAAGCUAAACAUGAGAGACCACUUCAUUCUCCUAAGGUAACUGUAUGGUCUCGCGGUCUCUUUGCCGACGAGUGUUCGAAAAUUUCGGUACUCGCUUAG